AUGGGGUCGGAAUCUAAAAUCGUUUGUGUCACCGCCACCGGAGCAUCCGGGUUCAUUGGAUCAUGGCUCGUCAUGAGGCUCCUCGAACAUGGUUAUACAGUUCGAGCCACCGUCCGUGACCCCGAUAACGUGAAGAAGGUGAAGCAUUUGCUUGAUCUGCCAAAAACCAAUUCCCACAUGACUCUGUGGAAAGCUGAUUUAUCGGAAGAGGGAAGCUUUGAUGCAGCCAUUAAUGGCUGCUGUGGAGUGUUCCAUGUUGCCACUCCAAUGGAUUUUGAAUCCAAGGAUCCUGAGAAUGAAGUGAUAAAGCCAACCAUAAAUGGAGUAUUGGACAUCAUGAAAGCAUGCCUGAAAGCAAAAACAGUUAAAAGGCUGGUCUUCACAUCAUCUGCUGGAACUGUCAACGUUGAACAACACCAAAAGCCCCUUUACGACGAAAGUAAUUGGAGCGAUUUGGAAUUCGUCUACGCCAAGAAAAUGACUGGAUGGAUGUAUUUUGUCUCCAAGACAUUGGCUGAGCAAGCUGCUUGGAAGUUUUCUGUGGAGAAUAACUUGGAUUUCAUCACUAUAAUCCCAACUCUCGUCAUUGGUCCAUUUCUCAUGCCAUCAAUGCCAACUAGCUUGAUUACAGGCCUUUCACCAGUUACUGGGAAUGAAGCUCAUUACUCGAUCAUUAGGCAAGGGCAAUUCGUUCACUUGGAUGAUCUCUGCAUGUCUCACUUAUUCUUGUUCGAAAACCCUAAAGCUGAGGGCAGAUACAUAUGCUCCUCCCAUGCCGCUACCAUCGUUGAACUCGCCAAUAUGCUUAGAGAAAAAUACCCAGAGUACAAUGUUCCUACAAAGUUCAAAGAUGCAGAUGAAAACCUGGGAAACGCGUUCUUUAGUUCAAAAAAGUUGAUGGACUUGGGUUUCCAGUUCAAGUACAGUUUGGAGGACAUGUUUGUAGGAGCUGUCGAGACAUGUCGAGCCAAGGGUUUGAUUCCAGUUCCUAUUAACACGAGUGUUCCUGCUUCCAUUGACCAGGUUGGCAAUGGGAGCACCUCUACUUCCACUGACAGAAUGGUGAAUGGCAAAAGAUAG